GGUCGAGAGCAGUGGACUAGCAGAGUCUAGAGAUCUAGAUCUAUCUUUUUUUUUGUGCACCAACGAACGAAAUAAACCAUACAAAAUGCUCAAGUGGACGGCAUCGGCGCAGCGCCUGAACGAGAUUCCAGUGCAGGUCCAGCAGGACCCAAACGAAACCCAGAGGAGACGUCUCCAGCGGAGGCAGCGACGCCAGCGGAGGGCCACCAUUGCCAACAAGGAGAACGUGCCCGACACAGUGGGCUACACCUCCACGCCAGUGCCCAUUGCCCGGCUGCUGAACAGUCCGCUGGUCCUGGCUCCACUCAGUGACAUCCGCAACGUCACCCCGGAGGCGGCGGUCAGGAGCCAAGUGCCCCAGCGGGUGCAGAGUGUGCGGUACGCCACCACCUUGCCCCGCUUCGCCGAGGACUACUCGCCCAACGGCCUGCUGCCCAGUGGCCAGCACUUGGCGCUGAGGGGCAUGGCCCCGCUGGAUCCCUUCCUGGGCCAGCCACGCUACAUCACCGCCGGAGUCACCCAGCUGCGGCAGCGCAAGCUGGACGACGACUUUGUGGCCACCUUGGAGCCGGAAGUGGAGAUGGAGCCGGAGGUGGCACUGGAGCAGCCCGCCAAGUUGACAGUGCGACCCAGCACGCCGCAGCCCGCGUCGACGCAGAUGGGUGACCAAACACUGGACCGGCUCAUCGAUGCCAUUCUGGACUCCGCCUGCAAGGCGGAUGUCGGCAGCAAGAAGAAGGCGCGCCGGUCCACCUUCAAUCUGCGCAGGCGCACCCUGGUGAAGCAGCAGCUGGAGUCGAACUGUCCCCAGGAGGUGCUCUCCCCAUCCUACGCACCCGGAGAUGAUCCCGCCGCGGAUCUGAGCUUCGGCCUGGUCCCACUGCCCAUGCAGCAUAUGAUGGCCACUCCCGAGCCGGCCUCGCCACUGGCCAAGAUACCACACAACUUGCUCAUCCAACUGGCCACUCCGGUGGUCCCAUCUGGUGGAGCAGCCCCCGGCGACAACACCUUCUGCCUGGAGACCCCGGUGAAGGCGCUGAAGAGAAGCCGCAAGGAGAUCGUGGCCAAGGAGUCGCCUUUGAAGCGCUAUAAGGUCGACGAGCGCAACUACUUCGAGGUGGGAUUGGCCCUGCCCUCAUCCAUUUAUGUCUGAGAAGAUGUCCUUUGGCAAGGAGCACACAAAACGAAGAUACGAAAGAGAGAGAGAGAGAGAGAGAGAGAGAGAGCGAGCAACGCUGACAAACGGGGGGAAAACGCUUAACUAUGACGCUUAACUAGUUCCUAAGUCAAAAACUAAACCUUAAACAAUUACUGUACAUAGUUUCCUAGCCUAAGUUCAUCACCAUCUAAUCCAAUUAUUUAUAACACCUUUUUUUGACGCUGCUGUUAUGUAGUUUUUGUAUACCCAACUUUUUUUUCCAUUAUUUAAUUUUAAAAACAAUAUUUAUUACUAAUUUUA